AUGCUGCCUCGGCCGCCGCCGCCGCCUCCAGCCGUCGCCUCCCUCCCCUACCAAUGCUCCGUCCUCCUCCGCAACCUCGCCGCGCGCCACUCCCCUGUCCCGACGGCCCCCUCCUCCUUCCUUCGCGCCCUCCGCUGCCUGCACGCUCGCCUGCUCACCGCCGCACUCCUCCACAACCCGUCCCACCCCCACCUCACCCUCCGCCUCCUCCACCUCUACACCAUCUCCCCGGACCUCGCCACCCCCGCCAUCCUCUUCCGCUCCGAACCCGGCCCCAUCGCCGCGACGUCUCUCGUCUCCGCCUACGCCAUCGCCGGCCGCCUCCCCGAUGCCGUCUCCUUCUUCGACUCGGUCCCGCUCGCGCGCCGAGACACCGUGCUCCACAACGCCAUGAUCUCCGCCUUCGCCCGCGCCUCCCUCGCCGCGCCCGCCAUCUCCGUCUUCCGCUCCCUGCUCGCCUCUGACUCCCGCCGUCCCGACGACUACUCCUACACCGGGCUCCUCAGCGCCGCCGGCCAGAUGCACAACCUCGCGGCAUCGCACUGCACGCAGCUGCACGGCUCCGUCCUCAGAGUGGGCACCGGGGCAGUCCUAUCCGUGUCCAACGCGCUCAUUGCUCUGUACAUGAAAUGCGAUGCGCCUGAGGUGGCCGGGGACGCGCGGAAGGUGCUUGACGAAAUGCCGGCUAAAGACGUGCUCACGUGGACCACUAUACUCGUGGGCUAUGUCAGGAAAGGCGAUGUCCAUGCUGCUAGAUCAGCGUUUGAAGAGGUUGAUGGCGAGUUCGAUGUCUUGUGGAAUGCGAUGAUUUCAGGGUAUGUCCAAUCGGGAAUGCAUGCGGAAGCGUUUGAGCUCUUCAGGAAGAUGGUGUCGAAACGGAUACCGCCUGACGAGUUCACGUUUACUAGCGUCCUGAGUGCCUGUGCAAAUGGCGGCUUCUUUCCGCACGGGAGAUCUGUCCACGGGCAGUUCAUUCGGUUGCAGCCAGAUUUUGCUCCUGAGGCAGCGUUGCCUGUUAACAAUGCGUUGGUCACCUUAUACUCAAAGUCCGGGAAGAUUUAUGUUGCUGCAAAGAUAUUUGACAGUAUGAGUUUUAAGGAUGUAGUUUCUUGGAACACCAUUUUGUCAGGGUAUAUUGAGUGCGGUUGCUUGGACAUUGCAGCUAGGGUAUUUAAGGAGAUGCCGUAUAAAAGUGAGUUGUCGUGGAUGGUGAUGGUAUCAGGAUAUGUUCAUGGAGGGCUUGCAGAAGAUGCUCUGAAGCUGUUUAACCAGAUGAGGUCUGAGGAUGUCAAGCCAUGUGAUUACACUUACGCUGGUGCGGUAGCUGCAUGUGGUGAACUUGGGGCGCUGAAGCAUGGAAAGCAGCUCCACGCACAUAUUGUGCAGUGUGGUUUCGAAGCAAGCAAUUCUGCGGGAAACGCACUGCUGACCAUGUAUGCUAGAUGCGGCGCUGUGAAAGAUGCUCGUCUUGUGUUCCUUGUGAUGCCCAAUGUUGACUCUGUCUCGUGGAAUGCCAUGAUCUCAGCCCUUGGGCAGCAUGGAUACGGUACAGAGGCACUUGAACUAUUUGACAAGAUGGUUGCUAGAGGCAUACAUCCUGAUUGGAUUUCAUUCCUCACAAUUUUGACCGCCUGCAAUCAUGCUGGCUUAGUAGAAGAAGGCUUUCAAUAUUUUGAGUCCAUGAAAAGAGACUUUGGCAUUAGCCCUGGAGAAGAUCACUAUGCCCGGCUGAUAGAUUUGCUUGGCCGGGCUGGAAGAAUUGGAGAAGCGAGGGAUUUGAUCAAGACAAUGCCUUUUGAGCCUACCCCAGCCAUUUGGGAGGCUAUUCUCUCUGGCUGUCGGACUAGUGGAGAUAUGGAUCUUGGUGCGUAUGCGGCAGAUCAGCUCUAUGAGAUGAUACCACAGCAUGAUGGCACAUACAUACUACUGUCCAACACAUAUUCAGCUGCUGGACGCUGGGUUGAUGCUGCGAGAGUAAGGAAGCUAAUGCGUGAUCGUGGGGUGAAGAAGGAGCCUGGGUGCAGCUGGAUAGAAGUUGGAAACAAAGUCCACGUGUUUCUUGUCGGUGAUACAAAACAUCCGGAAGCGCAUGAAGUCUACAAGUUCCUUGAAAUGGUUGGUGCUAAGAUGAGAAAGCUGGGAUAUGUCCCUGAUACAAAGUUUGUGCUGCAAGACAUGGCACCCCAUCAGAAGGAAUAUGCACUAUCCGCACACAGUGAGAAACUGGCAGUUAGUUUUGGACUUCUAAAAUUGCCUCUUGGAGCCACAGUUACAGUUCUUAAAAACUUGAAAAUAUGUGGUGAUUGUCAUACUGCAAUGAUGUUCAUGUCACUGGCAGUCGGACGGGAAAUUGUUGUAAGGGAUGUUAGGCGGUUUCAUCAUUUCAAGGAUGGAGAAUGUUCCUGUGGUAAUUAUUGGUGAAUAUAAUUUUUACUGUCAUGGCAGCUGACCUUCCAACAUAUGCCCUUCAGUCAAGGAUUCAAAAGCCAGUUAC